UUAGCACGAAAGUCCCAAUUCUUAAAAAAAAAAAAAAAAAAAAAAACUUUCUCCGUCGUCUCGAUGAGAGCGAAGUCUCUGAAUUUUUUCUUUGGCCUGUGAAUUUCGUCCAUACCUCCGAUCAAAGAACUCCAUAAACUCACAAGGAGACGGUAAUCGUUUUCAGUUGAUGGUAUGGUUUGCGAAAGAUGGGUGAACAUUUGUCUAUGGACCUUAUAAGUGAUCUGCCUCAGAGCAUUAUUGAGAACAUUCUCACCCGCCUCCCCAUUAGAGACGCCAUAAGAACGAGCGUCUUAUCGAGCAAAUGGAGGUAUAAGUGGUCUACCCUUACUCACCUUGUGUUUGACGAGAAAUGCAUCACCCCUUCCAACGAACGAGGCCUUUUGGAGAACAACCUUGUGAGAUUUAUAACCGGAGCCCUUCUUCUUCACCAAGGUCCCGUCCACAAAUUCCAACUCUCGACCCCGUCUCUGCAAUGCUGUCCAGACAUUGACCGGUGGCUGCUCUUUCUUUCAAGGAAUGAUAUCAAGGAGCUUAUUCUUGAGUUAGGGGAAGGCGAGUGGUUUAGGGUUCCUUCAUGUGUCUUCAAUUGUACAAGACUAACCCGUUUGGAAUUGUGCCAUUGCGAGUUUGACCCGCCUCAGAUUUUCAGAGGGUUUUCGCAUUUGAGGAGUCUUAGCCUCCAUCAAGUUCUCGUCGCCCCUGAAGUGAUUGAAAGUCUUAUCUCAGGCUGCCCUCUCCUCGAGUUCUUGUCAUUGUCCUACUUUGACAGUUUGGUUCUUAGUAUAUCAGCUCCUAAUCUCAAGUACUUGUAUCUGGAUGGCGAGUUCAAGGACAUUUUUCUUGAAAAUACCGUCAAACUAACGUCCAUAUCAGUUUCCAUGUACAUGAAUGAGGAUUCGGCUGAACAUUUUGAACAAAGUUCAGCUUCCAAUCUUAUUAAGUUCCUUGGAGGUGUGCCCCUUCUCGAGAAGCUUGUUGGCUAUAUUUACUUCACAAAGUACUUGAGUAUAGGCGAUGACCCUGGAAGGCUACCAGUUACUUAUAUGUAUCUGAAGACCAUAGAACUUUACCAAGUAAGCUUUGAAGAUGCAAGUGAGGUACUUGUUGUUCUUCGGCUGAUCACCCACUCUCCUAAUCUAAGAGAGCUCAAAAUUUCGGUAUUCUCUCUCUCUCUCUCCCCUUUCAUUUCUUGAUGAAUGCCAAUGGAUUUUCCUUCACUUAUUCAAACAUCAAACAUGUUCCAGGGUUCGAAAGAGUGUUCCGACUACAAACUACCAAAACUUAGAUACGUGAAGAUCACCGAUGUGUCUGGCAUCAGGAAUGAGCUGGACUUCAUCGGAUUCUUGCUCGAGAACUCUCCCUCACUUGAGACAGUUCUCAUCACACCGUGUUUUUCAGAUGCAGACGCGAAGGUAGAUAUGCUCAUCGAGCUUCUCAAGUUCCCUCGUGCUUCUCCCCGAGCUCAGAUCCUUUUCCUUCAAGACCGGAGCCUCUGCUGCUGAGUGCGGUCAGAUGUCUAACAUAACAAUGUUUGGUGUAAAUCCCAUGGAAAUGUAAUGUGAAACUGAUAGUGUGGAUCUUCAAAUUCUUUCAUUAAACUUUCGGCAAAAAAGAAUCAUGAAUGUGAAGCCAGUUUUUCACUGAAUCCUAUA